AUGGGUAAGAAGAAGAAGCGAAUAAAGCGAAAAAGAAAACAUCGUAACCGCGCUGAAAACGCUGAGGAUGUUGAACACGCUGAGUACACCGAGUGCGCUGAGUACGCUGAAUACGAUGAGUACUCCGAACACGAUGAAUACGCUGAAAACGCUGAAAACGCUGAAAAUGCUGAAAACGCUGAAAAUGCUGAAAACGCUGAAAAUGCUGAAAACGCUGAAAACGCUAAAAACACUGAACACGAUGAAUACGAUGAAGAGGAAGAAUAUGCUCGAUACGCCGCACAAGAGGAUUGGGCUACACUUGAUUUUUUAUUUGAGGAUGAAACGUCAACUGACGAAGAUGUCUCUGCCUAUUCAGCUCGAGCCGUAAACUGUAUAGCAUGUCUCAGUCGCCGACAACCUUUUAUGCAAACAACAACGCCAUCGGUGAGAACUAUCCAACUAAGUCUCCAUCUUCUAAAUAUUUUCUUGGAUAUUCAAAAGCUUCCAGUUAUGGAAAUGUUUUGGGAAGGACUGGAUAUGAUUUUGACCGAAGGAAUGCAGUUCAAGAAUGCUAUGAUCCAGUAUCACGCUACACAUGCUAUGUUAGAAUUUGUAAAAUACAUGACAGAAAGACAGUUGCAAUUUUUGAUACCACGAGGAUUAAAAGACGGAAUAAAAGCUGUUCUGCACCGUGACCUUUUCUUUAUCAUUCAAGAGCCCAAAGUUGAACGCUUUAUUGCAAAUAUUCAGGGUAUUGAACUGUGCUCACAAAUAGCUAUCAAGAGCCCUAGUCUGCGCGAUGAUGUUGCUAAUUGGGGUUCUUUGCGUCUAACCGAAUUGUUAGCGAAGCAUCACAAUAGAAUAUCGCUUGAGCUUACGCACUCAGUUACAUCCUUACUACAAAGCAUGUGCUACCAUAAACUUAUUCCGGAAUUUGUUCUGAAACGUCUUGCAAACAGUUCUUGCUUUCUUUUGCAACAUGAGGACGAGGGAAUCCGUGCAACUGUUUUGAACAUCGUGAUUGAAAUCGCUCGUAACAAAGAUGUUGUUGUUACAUUUGAACAUAACUAUGUGAACAGUAUUUUUCAAUUUUUGGACAGCACAAUUGAAUUUGAAGCUGCAUCAGCAUUUUUUAUUGUUGGAUACUUUGUAAAACAACAUAACAGCAACACUAUUGCAAUUCUUCAAAUGGGAUUUAUUGAGAAGAUCGUACCUUUUCUCACUUGUCAUUCAGCUCAAGAAAUUGUUCUUGAAGCCUGUUCAAUUCUUCAAAAUCUUCUGUCCAAAAAAAAAUACAUAAAAUACGUGGGAUCCAUGGUGGAAUCUGGAAUUGUGUUGAUGCUUCUUAAACUCCUGAAUGACGAUUCCCCAAUUUACAAGAAUGAGGCUUGCACUACGUUAUAUAUGUUGAAUGGGAUGUGGAAACCCAAAUACGUAUUUAAAAUGGCUGAUGAGAAACACAUCAGAAUCAUGUGUGAUAUCCUUAAGAGUUCAAACAGCAAACAUGUCGCGUGCUGCGUUGUUGUUUUAAUGCAUUCUACCUUGAAUGCAUGUUCGAUUUUAAAAGCUGACUUUGAACUAAUACGGGCGACAGAUUUAAUCAGAGAGUUGGAAGCUGAUGAGUGUAUCGCAGAAUUUGUCAACAAUACUCAAGAAGGCAGUUCGAUAAAUAAUUUGGCUAGCGAACUAUACACUCUUUAUCUAAAUGAUGUAGAAGUGGAUUCUGAUGAGGAUAAUUAUGCAGAAACUGAAGAAGCAUUGCCCACUUACAAUUCAGGAUUCAUGGAAACUGAGAUUUGUGCGUCUCAAAUUGUUGACGAUUCUCAAACGAUGAUAUCAUAUCCAACUGACUGCAUCUAUUGUUUCCUGAGUAAGCAAAUCGGUUCAGUUCAUGAAAAGUCCGGAGAUUAA